AUGGCUCGCCAUAGUAUAACACUAUCCAUCCUCAGUUUCGCAGCGCUGGCAACAGCUCGCAACUGCCACGACUUGUCUGUCAGCCUUGAUGUCUCGGCUACGAACAAAGCCUUUGACCUGGCUGUGCCAACGACAGACAUCGAAAUCACCGACAUCGUUUUGCAAGUAACCAGGCAAGGCGGCAACUUCAUCAGCGACAUUACUACAGGAGAGACGCACAUUAGUGGUAACUACGAGCUCGCAGCAACAUACUGUGAGCCCGACCACGGACCAUCCAAGGUUCUCCAAAUCCUGACACAUGGCAUCGGGUUUGAUAGACACUACUGGGAUUUCCCCGCAAAUAAUUACAACUAUAGUUAUACCAAGACGGCUGUUGACGAGUACGGCUACUCUACCUUCACCUAUGACCGCCUUGGCGUAGGCGAGUCGUCCCAUGGCGAACCAAUUUCGGAGAUUCAACAAGCCCUUGAGCUCGCCGCCCUCAAAGUCCUCACGCAGAAACUUCGCGCCAGCGAGCUCGGCGGCCUCGAGGACAAGCACUUCGAAAAGAUCGUCCACGUCGGCCAUAGCUUUGGGUCGGUGCAGACAUAUGGGCUGACAAUCGACGACAAGGACGCGUGUCUAUCCGACGGCAUCGUUCUGACCGGCUUCUCUCAGAAUGGCACCUUCCUGCCGUACUUCUUGCUUGGCGGAAACUUCGUCCAAGCAAACUCUCUGCCUCCGCUUGCCGAUUAUGCUGAUGGAUACGUGGCGCCCGUGUCGACGACUGGUGUUCACAUCAACUUCUUCGCCCCUGGCGCGUUUGACCCUGAGAUUUUACAGGCAGCAUACAGCACGGGACAGCCGGCGUCCAUCGGCGAGCUUUUCACCGUUGGCGGCAGUACGGGUAUUCCUAGUUCGUACAGCGGCCCCGCGCUGGUGAUCACUGGUGACCGUGAUGUUCCUUUUUGCGGCGGUGACUGCUCGGCUACUGGCAGCCCCCAGCUUAAGUCCAUUCUCGAUACGUCGUCGCAGUUCCUGCAGCAGGCCCAGCCUUUCGAGGCGUACGUCGUGAAGGGCGCUGGGCAUGGUCUCGCCUUGGAAUACUCCCAUGUCGAAACAACAGGGAAGAUUCUUGACUUUUUCGUUCAGAACGGCUUGGCUGCGCAGUAG